AUGGCUGUCGAAUUAAACAGUGUUACCCAGAUCAGCGAAGAAUUUCAAGAUCUAACCAAAGAGUUCGCUCGUUUAGAGGACGAUCAAUAUGUUGAAUACACCAAGAAGGCUGAAGAUCUCCACAACGUCCAAGGCAAAUGCAAGCAUGUUAUUGAUCAUCAAAACAAGCGAUUAAGAACGAUACAAUCAUCCAUGAGAAAGCUGCAAAAAAAUGAUCUAUCUCCGGAAGAAAGAAACAUUUGCGAUAAAAUUAAAUCUGAUAUUAAAGAAAGGCAGCAAAAACUUUCCGAGAUACAAUUAAAUUUGCCAAAAACAAACAGUUUGCUACUGAGAUUGAUAUUGGGCCAGGUUAACUUGACACUACUUAGUGAAACAGAAAGGUUCGACUAUAAAGAUGAAUAUGAAACAUUCAAAUUAAACAUUACCACGUUAUCGUUGGCCUUAACUUGUAUCAACCUACUAGUUAGUAACGUUAUCCUGGAUCAUUUAUUUCAUUUUGUAUUGGUUUGGUACUAUUGCACAGUCACUAUCAGGGAGCAUAUUUUACGUCUUAACGGCUCAAGAAUCAAAGGAUGGUGGAUUAUUCAUCAUUACUUUUCUGCAAUUUUAUCAUGUAUUCUUUUAGUAAGCCCGAUUAAUCAACGUUACUACGCCUUCAGAGAAACGUUUAAUUAUUCAUCAUUGUUUCAAGGUCUAUCUUACAUAUAA